CAUAAGCUCUUCGGUGCUAAACUAGAUUGAUUAAUCAUUCAGAUAACCAUAAAAAUCCUCAGGGAGAGACCCAGCUCCAUCACCUAUUCAUCUGCAUUGCCGUGUCUCAAAAAUGUGAGGACCGGAAAUUGAGGUCAAUGUUCGGAGGUUGAGAGGAUCAAGGGACCAAACAGAGCAGUCUCCAGAGGCUCGAUAAUACUUCAACAAGAAUUAAUCAAUUCUCCUAGACUCUCCAAGUGGAUUAAUGCGUUCACCAGAAACCAACCAAGUUCCUCUACAUCAGACUGCAGAUUCUGUCUGGGGUGUGUUUUUUCUCCUUUAAUUCAAUUGAAUUAUAAUUUUCGCAAGUUCAUCACUGGAUAGUCGCUGAAGACGAUCAGCUGAUUGCGACUGGGAGAAAAAGCACUUGAGGAGUUCUGGAAAAAUUCAAAUAAACUCGAAAGUGAAUUCAUCAUCGAGUGAAUACAAACGUCAGUGUUUACCGUGACAUUGAAGUGGAUAAAACGAGGGAACAAGAAAGAACACCCUACACACGCGUACCGCAUAAAUUACGACUGCAGUAUUACGCAUAAAUCAACAGACAUUAUAUUCCACUGCCGAUUCAAUCCCUUGCACACUUAAUGUCCUUUUGUUCGGGUUAAUGGUAAAACGUUGGAGAGGAAUAUGACGUGACUGAGCCCGGUGAAAUUGAAGUUGUGACGGGUUCGGAGAAGUGCACAGGGGGGAGAAAUGCAUCUUUCCUUGGUGUUUAUGUGAAUAAGACGUUUGAGAAUUACUGAGACCUCAUAAAAGAUAAAAUGGCAUCGAUGUGUGGGAGCAGCAAGAGCCAUCCUGCUUUAUCAGUCAGCAGUUACUACCGGUCUGGGCCCUAUCCCUAUCAGAAUGAUUAUUAUCUACCGGCGAGGUCGGCCUGGUCAAGGGUACCACCUCAUUCAUCCAAGAAGAGCCACAGAAAUGCAAGAUGGAAAAUGGAUAGUGCAUUGCUAAUAAUCGCCGCAAUUAUUGUUCUUUUUGCAGUACUGGCUGUUGCAGGACUUGCCCUCUGGCUGAGUGGCAUGCGAUCGGACCCAAAAAAUGCGAUGCUCGUGUUUUCCUGCAGUCUCCGAGUGGCUCGAGGCGAAAAGUAUAAUCCCAUGCUGAAGCUGAAUACGAGUGGUGUCUUUCGUGAAAAGGAACGCAAGUACAAGACCAUUUUCGAGUCGCUGUUCAGAAGAAGUGUCCUUGGGCCCUCUUACAAGCACACGGUCAUAGACAGAUUCGAGAAUGGAACGCUCAAGGUUUUCUUCAGGUUAUACCUGGAUAGGAGGAAGAUACCCCGUAUCAUCAGCAAUGUCGAGGACACCAUACAAGAUAUUAUUGCUAAAGAAACUUACUCCGAGUCAUCUGUCUUUCAGAAUAUGGAGCUGGAUCUCACUAGCUUAACAAUUCGCAGGCUCAAUACCGAAACAAAUUCAGAGCGAGUCCCAAAACCAGCGGUUCCUCAACAACGUAAUACGAUGAUAACGAAAAACGGUGUGAUGCGUCCUCCGAACCGUACAGCCCUUCUGACAAGUCCUCGAACGAAGCCAAAACCUUCCCGAAUCGAGCCAAACGAGGAUAGCAUCGAUCUCAGCAACAUUCCAACGAUCCAGGGCACAUACCAGGCAACAAAAGUCAAUACAAGCACCCGUGGCACCCAAAAGACCGAAACAAAGAUAUCAUCGGGCUCAAUAAGCAUAAAGCAGGAGUCCCCAUCAACCCCCAGCCUCGAGGGGCCCCUUCCCCCUAAAAAAACCGAGACACCUGCAGCCAUCAGAGUGCCCACUCCACCUAAUAUCGAGAAGAUUGAUGAGAUCGAAGUGACUGGGCCACCAAUGACACCGAGAAUUCCAGAGUCGACAAGUCCAUCAGCUGUUACAACUUCAAACCCAUCGACAGAGUCUAAUGACCCCUUCAAGGUCUUCCCAAAGCCCGAGUUUGAGGACUCCCCUUGGCGACCGAUAAUCCCAACUUAUCUCAACCCAGAACUCAAUCUCCCCUCGCUAUUGCCCCCCGCCUCACCCGCCUCUCCCGCCACCCCCGAAUUACGAGUAAAUUCAAACACACAAGUUCUUGCUGAGAUAGACCAUCAGAUCCAAUACGGAAUCGUCAACGUUGAUCCCCCAAAAUUAUCGAACAUCGAAGGCAUCUCCCUGACCACUGGUGCUUCACCUGAGGACAUAAAGUUCAGUCUUCCCUCGGUGAGCCUCAGCUCCCUCGACAGUGAAUUCGAUUUUCCCCACGACCGCAUCGUCCCCGAGGAAAUGGUCAACUUCCGACCGAAUGGCAAAUUCAAGAAUAAAAUUCCGGGGGUUGACGACGUGGAGAUGAGGCCUGACAUCGAAAUAUCGGGACAUCUCCCCGAGGAGACAUUCGACCUGCAUCUAGGGACAGCAUCGGUUCCUUUAAAGACCAAUCCCUCCAUUUUCCUGCCAACGAGUCCUCCAGUGGCCCCGGAAAUAAUAAAAACGGGUUUUCAACCUCAGAGAGUCAAACCAGUUAGUUUAUCAUCUCCUCAACGACCUGGAGUAAUUAAAAUUUCUGGCGUUGGAGUAGCCGAGCCAGUGUUGGACCUAGAGAUAGAUCUGGAGUCUAGGAAUAAAUUUUCGAGUAUCCUGGCAGCUGAUCCCACCGACGAUACCAUGACAGAUCGAAAAGUCGAUCAACAAGUCGUCUCCCCGGUUUACACCAGCUACCGAACCCCGGAUUUAAACGGAGGGUCUAAACCCAGUCUCAUUAAUAAUCCUGGAACUUUGAAGCCAUUUAAGCACACAAUCCCUGUUGAUAAAAUUAAUCCAACAGUUCCGCAUGUUCCAGCGGAUGUCACAACAAACGCACCAAAAACAGAAAGCUCAUCUACAAUUUCUGCAACACCAGAAAAACCUCCGAUGCCUUCAACUGAACCUCAAAUAAAAGUAUCUACUCUACUGCCUGAAGAAAGCACAAAAAACUAUCAAAUUUUUGAAUCAACAACUAUCAAAAUCAUCUCAACAACUCUUCCGGGAUUAGAGAUAAUCGAGGAGAAAAAAACUUCCAGCCCAUUGCCGGAAAUCUCUUCAACGUCUGACAGUUCCUCUCGUAAUUCUACAUUCAUCGCAGUGGAAACCGUGGAGCACACUCCGGAGAACGCUGAGAACUACCCGGAGCCCUCGAUCUGGACUGCAAGCAACGAGACAGUCUCAGAGCCAAGUCAGAAGACCUACAACGAUACAUUAAAUGCGAAUAUCGUGAGGAACAUCGUGAGCCUGGCCCCUGUGAAAAGUAACACAGGAGUGGGUCGCCCAAUCCGACCGCGACCGAAGAUCGAUAAGGAAAAAGUGACGCGAGUCCUCGAAAAAUCGAAGCAGAGCGGGAACGUCAGCUCGACGGAUGAGGAAUUAUUGGAAAAAUUAUUUGGCCUUCAGGAAGUCGUUAGGGAGAACCCAAAUGGUAAAGACACCGAUGGUAAUCGAGCUAUCGAGAGCAUCGUGGAAGUGGUAACGUCAGUCAGCACGAGGGUUUCCACCAAAGUCCGAACCGAUCAAGUUGUUCUGAGUUUCGAUGUGACAAAUUCAACUUCAACUGCUGCUGUCGAUGCACCUGGUAGAGAGGAGAAGCCAAGUGUCGAGGAGAAUCGGUCGUUUCAGAGGAUUAUAAACGAAGAUCUGCUGGACUCGAAGUUGUUUGUUUGGACGGAUGAAAAAACCUCUAAACCUCAGCACCCAGUUGAUCGUAGGAUUUCCACGGCUGAGGAAAAAGAAGCACUUCUCGAGCAUUUGAAACAAUUCGCUGAAGUGCGAGCUGGAAAUGAGGUGGGGUUGAAAAAGAAAAACACGACGCAAUCAGUGGGAUUAAAACCAGAAAGUAUUGAGGGAAAUUAUCAUUCGUCCGCUGUGAAUGUUGAAGAGCUGAAGAAAUUUGCAGCAGUGACCACUGGGAACAAGACGGCGAAGCCCACACUAAUCUCGGCACCAACAACCCUCAGUAGAGAUGGGGUCGAAGUGUUGACGAAAGUCCUCCACAAGGCUGAGGACAGGUCAGACAGAUUGACCCUAACUACUGAAGAAAUUCCCACGCUUGACAGCGAGUGCAAGGGCUUUCUCUGCAGCGAUGGCAAGUGUCUGCCAUCAGCCGGGCGUUGCAAUAUGCUCGGAGAGUGUAUCAACUCCGAGGACGAGGCCAAUUGCACUUGUGCGGACUUCCUGAGGGCACAGCAACGCGAGCAGAAGAUCUGCGAUGGUGUUCCCGACUGCUGGGAUUACUCUGAUGAAACUCACUGCGAUUGGUGCACUGAUGGACAGUUUGUCUGUGGCAACAGCCGUUUCUGCGUCGAUCGGACUAAAGUCUGCGAUGGUUAUCGAGAUUGUCCAGGGGGUGAGGACGAAAAGAAGUGCGCAGCGCUGAUUGAGGAUGAGGGGGAAGCGGUGGAAAAGGUGGUAGUAGUAGAGCAAAAAAGAUUGGCGACUGUGGAUAUGGCUAACGAGGGGAAUGGGAACGAGGGAAUCGUAUCGAAAGCUUUAAUCAGAGAGGAAAUGAAAUACGGCGAGGACAUGAAACAUUCAGGGGAUCAAUUAGCAUUGGAAACAGCAGUUUUAGAGAUGACCACUUUGAGAAUAGUACCUUCUGAGAUUCCCAGUAAAGAGAAGAAAAGUUAUGAGGAAUUUAGUGGAAAGAGUCCCAAGGUGUUCGGCAGGGAAGUCACGUCGAAUUUAAAAAACCACUUGGGGGACUCUUCAAAAACGGCGUUUCAGGUGACCAGUAAAAUGGGAAUUAUGAUGGGAAAGGUUGAUUUUAGGCAGGAAGUCAACGGCUAUCGCGAUCACGGAUUUCUCAGCAUAAGAAGAAAUGGAAAAUGGGGAAAAUUGUGCUUGAAUGGAACGGAUAAUUUACUAGAGGACAGGAGGACUGCAUGGACUAUCGAGGACCUCGGAAGAGCGUUUUGCAAGGCCAUCACUUAUCAGGAUUGCGAGAGAGUAGAGAAAAUAGUGGAGGAUGUGGAGGAUGAGAGCAGAACGUAUUACAGCUUGUUUUCCAAUGACCGGAGUUCUGAUAAAGCGAGUCUCACGUUCAGAGCGUCGGAUUGCCCUAGUAGGGAAGUUUUAAAAGUCAAAUGCAAGAAUCUCGAGUGCGGGAUAAGGACACAGACGACUUCACAGGCUAGAAUUGUCGGGGGUGGCAGUUCAACGGCGGGAAGCUGGCCAUGGCAAGUGGCACUUUAUAAAGAGGGAGAUUAUCAGUGCGGUGGAGCUUUAAUCAAUGAUAAAUGGGUCCUCUCGGCGGCUCACUGCUUCUACCACACACAGAAUGAGUACUGGGUGGCUAGGAUCGGUGCAACUCGCAAGGGAAAUUUUCCCAGCCCCCACGAACAAAUUUUACCACUUGACUAUGUUAUACUUCAUCCGGAGUACGUUGACAAUGGCUACAUCAAUGAUGUGGCGAUGCUCAGACUCGAGAAACCGGUUACCUUUAGUGAUUAUGUCAGGCCGAUUUGUCUGCCUGACGGGGAACCCAAGAGUGGAACUAGCUGCACUGUCACUGGAUGGGGACAGCUAUAUGAAAUUGGCAGAAUAUUCCCUGAUACUCUUCAAGAAGUUGAAUUGCCACUGAUUUCGACUGAAGAGUGCAGAAGAAAGACACUGUUUCUCCCACUCUAUAGGAUAACGUCUGGGAUGCUGUGUGCAGGGUUGAAAGACGGCGGGAGGGAUGCCUGCAUGGGUGACAGUGGAGGACCUCUCGUUUGUCAAGGGAAUGACAACAGAUAUAUUUUACACGGAAUUACAUCAAACGGUUACGGCUGUGCAAGACCAGGAAGACCCGGUGUCUACACAAAAGUAUACCACUACCUCCCUUGGAUCGAGCGUACCAUAUCAACGAGUAGUUUUCCAUCAUCGAUACCAAUUUGCAAGGGCCAUCGCUGUCCCCUUGGCGAGUGCCUUCCAAAAUCUCGUAUUUGCAAUGGUUUCCUCGAGUGUUCAGAUGGCAGUGACGAACGUGACUGCAAAUUUCAAUAAAUUUACCACUUGUAUGACGAGUUAUUUUUCAUUGCUCAUUUGGGGCAGUAUCCGAUGGACGUGAACUGCAUGGAAUGUAAAGAGAGAAACGUUCAAUCGCCUGUGCAAUACGUAGACGUUUAACCGAUAAGACUGGCAUAAACCGACAUGCCCCAUUGUUCAACGAUCAUUCAAGAGCUCUGGGUGUUCAUUUAUCAUCACUGUUUAUAUUUAUACCAUUGAUGAUUAUAUAAAUAAGUUAAUAAUUGCAGUAAUUCUAACGUAGAUGAAAGAAUUAAUGUAUGAUUAUUUGUGAUAACUCUUUUAUGUUUGACUUUGCAUGGAAAUUCAGACCUGUCUCUCUGGUUUUCAAUGUGAAAAAUCACUGAGUCACGUCAUAAUUUCCUCGUAAUUCAUUUCAACUUCAUGAUCUUCCUUACUUUACUACUUUUGUAUAUAAAAAAUGGUAAUUGAAGAAUCAAUAUUUGUAAUAAAAAUAUUCCACUGGAUGAUAUUUCUGUACUGUAUUUUGCUGACUCAAUACAAUUAUUUACUUAAAAAUUAUUAUUAUGAGUAGAAUGAGGCAGCGUGUGACAUCACUCAUUUACCGACAAUUCCGUGGAUCAAGUUCUGUACAUAAAUUGAGUUACAAUAGUUAUUUAAACAUUCGGAAAAUGUGACAUUCACAAUACACGGAGGUGCAUACAAUGACGUUGAAAAAAUUUAAUUAAAACCUUGCCUGAGAAUUUUAUUAAUACGAUUUAUUUGAUUCGUGCGAGUCACUGAAAAUUAUGACAUGUACGUAUGUCCCGUGCCCAAAUCAAUGAAUACAUUGGACGGCCACAUUCACAUGCUCGAUAUCACACAAUUUAUAAUAAUAUUUCAAUGACAAAUGUAUUGUGAGGAUUCUUAAAUGCAUUAGGAAAGAGAAAUGCUAGCGAUUUUCGAUUGAGAGUAGAUGAAUUUGCUUGUAAACAAUGUCUUGUGCUUGAACGAGAGAAAGUAUGGACCGAAUAAAUAAAUGAUUCGCAUAACUAAUUCGAAAAAGAGGGGGGACUAGGCUGGAGUAAUCGAUGAAGAGGAAGGAAAUCGUAAAAUGUAUUAUCUAUUUUUAAUAUUUGAUUUAUCCACGAAGAAAAACGUUCACUCCACGUCCACUUGAUUUUAUUUGAUUAAUUUUUACAGAUUCCCACUUCGAGUGCUCUCCCACCAUUAUCCACCACAGACGCUCUCCAGCGAUUAAUUUUUAAUAAAUUACCCCUUACUACCUAAAUAACGCGACAGUCUAUUGUCUUCACAAUCCAAUCCUCUUCAUUAUUUUUUUUUUGUGCACAACAGUCCAAUGGAAAUACACACAUUAUCCACGUACACCACUUUUCACCUUAUGUAUUACCAAUUAUUCUCCAACAUUGAGAGACAGAGACUUUGAUUCAAUGACACCUAUCGCUCGGCCAUGUGAAUAUGAUUACAGCUAAUCUAUACAUACUUACAUACGUACAUGCGUACAUACACGGUGUACAAUACAUAUAAUUCAUAUAAAAUUCGCUCUUAAAAUUUCACAGGGGGGAAAAUUUGAAUGUUGUGGUGAAGAUUUCAUAGAAAAAACUACAGUCGUCGUCAAACGUUGAGUUUAAAAAAUAUGUUAUAUCUCCAUGUUGCCUUAUCGUUAACGAUUAUUAUUAAUUUUCCCCUUCCUUCUCAUCGUUUCAAAAUCAUCUCCACUCCAUAUCUAUUUCAGUGUAUCACAAACUAAUUCUUCUUCGUAAUCAUUCUAACUGAAAAUACUAAGUGUUCAAACUCCAAUUUAUUGUAAAUCAGACAAGCUUCGAGGCACUGGGUUUCUUUAUGAAAAAAAAAAACAAAUUGAGUGAUAAUGUCUCCAAUUGUUACAACAAUUCAUUGAGUAUCGCUCUGAAUGAGACAUCUCACCAGAAACAUUACAACGAUUAGUAUUCCUCAAAAGGCAAUUAAUUAGAUACGCUGUUAUUCAUACGAUUGGACCAAUUUUUAUUCAUUUCUCGUUAAUUAAAUUCCACCACAUAGGCCACAGUUCACGUGAUUUCCUUCAUUUUGUUCCUUAAAUUUAACUCUCAAAACUCAAACGUCAAUUCUCAAUUCAAUCAUCAUUGAAAUUUUUAUAACAA